AUGUUUGCAGCGUCUGAUUUGAAAGACAGAAAAAAUGAACUAUUCAAGUUUGCACUUUUGUGGGCAUUCUUGUUGUCCUUGUUUGUCUUCAUCACGAACAUUCAGCGUAAUACCAAAAUUGAAGUGAAUUCAACUCGUCAGAGAUUUUUGCUGGAAGGUUUGGAAUACUGUAAGACGAAAGAUCAGAUCCCAAAAAUGUUAAACACAAACGAAAGAAAAACCAAUCCUCGAUAUGAACUAUUCGCAAAUGGGCAUUCUGAUGGCUUUCCUUCUUAUACAAUUAUCAAGAAUGGGUUGAUAAUCGACGGAGAUGGUUCUACUAGUGAGCACAAGAUGGAUAUAUUUAUCAGGCAAGGACUUGUACAUUCUGUGAUGAGGUCAGGUUCAGCUUCUAGUACCCAACUUGAGGAUUAUUUGAAUUCAAAAAAUGCAAUCACCUCCAGAAUUGAUGCCAACAAUCAUUAUAUUACUCCUGGACUUGUUGAGAUGCAUUCUCAUAUUGGAAUUUGCAGCCAGCCUGAAUUGAAAGGUAAUAAUGACAUGUUUGAAACCAUGAGUCCUGUAACUCCUUUCACAAGAACAAUUGAUGCUUUCAACAUUGGUGAUCCUGCUAUACAAUUGGCUUCGGAUAGUGGAGUAACUGCUGCACUAAUUCUCCCAAGUGCCAAUUUGAUUUCCGGGGAAGGGUAUGUUUUCAAGAUGAUGGUUCCUCCCUCUAAUUCUGUUGAAGAAAUGCUAGUCCAAUAUGAAGAUACGGGCUUGAAACAGCGCUGGAUGAAAAUGGCUUGUGGGGAAAAUCCUAAAAGACGUUACAAGACUCGUCCAGAAGCACCCAAGAGCAGAAUGGGUCUUGGACAUCUCUUCCGUCACACCAUGGAUAGAGCUAAAGUUUUAAAGAAUGCCCAGGAUGCGUGGUGUGAUUCGGUACUUCAAGACAAAGAAAUGCCUACUACUGCGUUCCCAUUAGACGAUGAAUUGAACAUGUUGGUUGACCUCAUGAGAGGUAAGGUUUUGUCAAAUGCCCAUUGCUACGAAACUUACGAUAUUGAAACUUUGUUGCGCCAUGCAAAAGAAUAUCAAAUUGAGAUCAAUGCCUUGCACCACUCUUUAGAUGCAUACUUGAUUCCGAAAAUAAUCAAAGACCAGCCUUAUAAUAUAACUUUGGCUACUUUUGCUUCACAGUGGGGAUUCAAAAAAGAAGCAUUUCAAGCAAGUGUCUUUGCACCAAAGAUCUUAGAGAAGAACAAUUUGAGUGUGGUAUUAACUACAGACCAUCCUGCUCUACCUCAACAAUCGUUACUUUCUCAGGCUCAAGUUGCUCACCAUUAUGGUUUGUCCGCUGAGAAGGCCAUAGCUAGUAUCACUGGGGAAGCUGCAAAAGGUUUGAAAUUAGAUGACAGAUUUGGUUAUUUGAGAAAAGGAUAUGAUGCCGAUGUUGUUAUAUGGAGUGAUCAUCCUCUUCAAAUGGGAGCUAAACCUUUAAAAGUUUUCAUUGAUGGAGUGCCGGCUGUCGAUUUGCCUAUAGUUGCAAAAUCAGAAUUGGCACUUGCUCCUAAAUCUAUUCCAGAAUUUACCGAUGAAGAAAUUUAUAAAAGAGAGCUUGAAAACCUGUCGACUGUGCUUUUUACUGGUGUUACUGCGUCGUAUGAUACUUCCAUUGGGAAAUUACCCAACUCAGAGCCAUGGGAACUUUUUAUUGCAAAUGGUACUAUCGUAUGUUUUCAGCUGGAUUGUUCGGAACUUUAUUCAACAAAUCAAAAAAUUCCUAAAAUACAUCUUGAAGAUGGCCAUAUUUCACCAAUGCUUACAACGCUUACUCCAAGUCAUGGUCUUAACGAAAUGAAUUUGGAAUCUUCAACAGGAGAUGGCAUUCUCAUGGAAGCGAUGGACGAUGGGCAACUAGGUGAUUUCAGAAUUCCAGAUAACAUUCCUAUUGCUAAUGAUGGACUUCAAUUUGGAAGUGUUCAUUUGAUAAGAGCUUUUGCGACAGGUAUCGGGAACAUUAUAACUCCACCUGCUAGAGGUGAAGGAAAAAUGUUUAUGGCCGGAGUCAGCACUGCUUUCAAGUCGAAUUCUGAUGAUUUUUCUUCCGUUUUAAAGGGAGAAGUUGCUCUACACAUUACCAUUGGUGAUAUGGGAAAGCAAGUAUUUGUGCCUACUAUUUCUUCUCAGAUAUCAACUUUGAGAACAGUAUUGAUCAAGAAUCGCAACGAAGACAAUUUCUACGGUAGAGCUGCAAGAAAUGAGCUCCCAUUGGCUAUCCAUACAAAUAACAAAGAUGUCAUGCUACAUCUACUUCGGUUGAAACAAGAGCUCGGUAUUUAUAUCAUCAUAGUUGGAGGUAUUGAGUCACAUUUGUUGGCUACUGAAUUGGCUGCAAAUAAUGUUCCAGUUGUUGUAUCUCCAUGGCAAUGUCAAAGAAAAUAUUGGGAUGAAAGAAGAUGUCUUACUGGUUUAGCGGGUCAAGGAAGUCUUCUCUCAUCGCUUGUGAAAGCUGGGGUAAAAACGGGACUUAGUUCCGAUGACGAUACAAAAGUUCGUUUGCUUUUACAUGAUUCUGGUCUUGCGGCAUCUUUGGCUGGAAUUUCAAAAAACGAAAUUAUCAAGAUGAUUUCCACUAAUAUGGAAGAAAUCUUCAAUCUUACAGUCUCGAAAUCUCCCUCAUUAAUCAUAUCUGAGGGCUUUCCAUUAGCGUAUGGAUCUCGAAUUGCUGCUUUGAUUGACGGAGGAACUCUAUUUAAAGUGUAUCCUGAUUUGGAACCAGCGAUUGAUCUCUACAGUUGA